GUGCUCAAAUUCAUUCCAAUUCUCAGACUCUUCUUCAGUCGUACAUAUUUUCAAAGUUACAUUCACGUUUUUGCAUGGAAUUGGAAUCCCACAAGGCUAAGCCAAUUUACUGGGCGAUUUUAAAAAUAGUUAAAAAAUAAUUAAGGAGGGAGGGGGAUAAAGUAAAGUGAAUAGUUGAUAAGAAAGGAAAAUGCGGAGUGAGUGAGUGAGAGGAUAAAGUGGGCGCACGGGUGAGCCGAGGCUUAUAACUGCGCUGUUUUUCUUCUCUUCCAACGUGGAAAUUCCUUCCAUACUCAGAACACGCGGACCUCUCUGGUUAUGGGUUAGAGAGAGAAGAGAGAGAGAGGGGGGUUUCAGAGACACAGAACUGCAGAAAAAGAAGAAGAAGAAGGAAGAAGAGGGAGGCUGCCAUGCUGAGGCACCUAAUCGCUCACCUGCACCAGCUCCUUCACACAUCUUCAACCACUUCCCCAACGUCUCCUUCAUCUUCCUUCAUCCUUCAGUCUUCUUCUCUUCACAAUCAUCCCAGAUGGUCCUUCCUUGAUAUUGAUGAUAACUCUGUAGAUGACUGCUGUGGCCUUGUAAUGGCAGCUGGAAAGUCUGGAAAUUUGAGGAUGGUGGAACCUCUAAAACAUCCAUCUACAAAGAAGCCCCGAAGAGAUCAGAGCAGGGGGAAAUCAUCUGGAAGGUCCUCUAUGACUGAAGUUAUGGAACAACAAAUUUGGAAAGAUUUUCCAGAGGAUUUAAUAGAGGCUGUGAUUGCUCGACUUCCCAUUGCCACAUUUUUCCGUUUCCGUUCUGUAUGCUGGCGUUGGAAUUCCUUGCUGAAUUCUCCAAGUUUUUCUCAGCAUUGUGCGCAAGUUCAACACGCAAACCCGUGGUUUUAUAUCAUAACCCAAGAGCGUGCAAAUUCAGGAGCCAUGUACGACCCUUCUAUUAAAAAGUGGUAUCACCCAACCGUGUCAGCACUGCCCUCAAAGUUGAUUCUUUUCCCAGUGGCGUCUGCUGGGGGGCUAGUUUGCUUUCUUGAAAUUGGUCAGCGAAACUUCUUUGUUUGCAACCCAUUGACUCAAUCCUUCAAGGAGUUACCUGCUAGGUCAGUUAAGGUCUGGUCUCCGGUUGCUGUAGGGAUGACAGCAAAUGGGAACUUAACUGGUGCAGGCUACAAGAUCCUAUGGGUUACUUGUGAUGGAGAAUAUGAGGUUUAUGACUCCAUGAGGAAGUCUUGGAGCCGUCCAGGAAACAUGCCUGUAGGUAUUAAGCUGCCAUUAGCACUCAACUUCAAGUCCCAAUCUAUUUCUAUUGACAGCACAAUUUACUUCAUGCAUUCGGAUCCAGAAGGGAUUGUUUCCUAUGAUAUAGCAACUGGGGUUUGGAAACAGUACAUAAUCCCAGCCCCAUUGCAUCUAACUGACCACACAUUGGCCGAGUGUGAUGGCCGGAUUAUGCUUGUUGGGUUGCUCACAAAAAAUGCAGCCACCUGCGUAUGCAUAUGGGAGCUGCAGAAGAUGACGCUCUUAUGGAAGGAGGUAGACAGAAUGCCAAAUGAAUGGUGCUUGGACUUAUAUGGGAAGCACAUUAAAAUGACUUGCCUGGGGAACAAAGGUUUGCUUAUGUUGUCCUUGAGAUCGAAACACAUGAAUCGAUUGGUUACUUACAACAUAGCAAGCAGGGAAUGGCUGAAGGUUCCUGGGUGUGUGGCGCCACGUGGAAGAAAGCGGCAGUCUAUAGCAUGUGGUACUGCAUUUCAUCCAUGCUUAACUGCAGUGGCUUGAUUUAGCUUUUACGAUACAGCAAUGGUGUGACAUUUUCCCCUCCACUGAUGUGUUUUCUGGCUGUUGGUGCCGAUGUAUUAACGAUAAGUGUUCAUUGCUGGCUAAACAAAGUGUAUGAAAAGAUGAUAUAAGUUUGUAAUGAUUUGUGUUUCUUCAUGC